AUGCCAUCAGCAAUCGGAAUCGACCUGGGCACAACGUACUCGUGCGUUGGGGUAUUCCAGCAUGGAAAGGUGGAAAUUAUCGCAAACGACCAGGGCAACCGGACGACGCCGAGUUACGUUUCAUUCUCGGACACAGAGCGGCUGAUCGGUGAUGCGGCCAAAAACCAGGUUGCCAUGAACCCCACGAACACGGUAUUCGAUGCAAAGCGACUGAUUGGACGCAAGUUCGACGACCCGAAGAUACAGGCCGAUAUGAAGCACUGGCCAUUUACAGUGGUGAACGAUGCCGGCAAGCCAAAGAUCCGGGUGGAAUUCAAGGGUGAGCGCAAGACAUUCGCUCCCGAGGAGAUCAGUUCGAUGGUGCUGACCAAGAUGAAGGAAACCGCUGAGGCGUACCUCGGCCAAUCGGUGAAAAACGCGGUCAUAACGGUGCCAGCCUACUUCAACGACAGCCAGCGACAGGCAACAAAGGACGCCGGGGCCAUCGCCGGUUUGAAUGUGUUGCGCAUCAUUAACGAACCGACGGCUGCAGCCUUGGCGUACGGUUUAGACAAGAACCUGAAGGGCGAGCGCAACGUACUGAUCUUCGAUUUGGGCGGCGGAACAUUCGAUGUUUCGAUCCUGACCAUCGACGAGGGAUCCCUGUUUGAGGUGCGCGCCACGGCCGGAGAUACUCACCUGGGCGGCGAAGACUUCGACAACCGAAUGGUGGCCCACUUUAUCGAGGAGUUCAAGAGGAAGUACAAGAAGGAUCUCUCGAAGAACGCCAGGGCCCUGCGACGACUGCGGACGGCCUGUGAGAGGGCGAAGCGAACGCUGUCCUCAAGUACGGAGGCGACCAUCGAGAUCGACGCGCUGAUGGACGGAGUCGAUUACUACACAAAGAUCAGCCGGGCGCGAUUCGAGGAGCUUUGCUCGGAUCUGUUCCGUGCGACGUUGCUGCCGGUGGAGAAGGCGCUGUCGGACGCGAAGAUGGACAAGGGCGCGAUCCACGAUAUCGUCCUGGUGGGAGGCUCCACUCGCAUUCCGAAGGUGCAGUCACUGUUGCAAAACUUCUUCGCCGGCAAGUCGCUGAACCUGUCGAUCAAUCCCGACGAGGCGGUAGCCUACGGCGCGGCAGUGCAAGCGGCCAUUCUCAGCGGUGACAAGAGCGAGAAAAUCCAGGACGUGCUGCUGGUGGACGUGGCUCCGUUGUCGCUUGGCAUCGAGACGGCCGGAGGCGUGAUGACCAAGCUGAUCGAGCGCAACUCGCGCAUCCCUUGCAAACAAACGCAAACCUUCUCGACCUAUGCCGAUAAUCAGCCGGGGGUGUCGAUUCAGGUGUUCGAGGGAGAGCGAGCGAUGACGAAGGAUAACAAUCUGCUAGGCCAGUUCGACCUCUCCGGUAUUCCGCCGGCGCCACGUGGCGUGCCGCAGAUUGAGGUGACCUUCGACCUGGACGCCAACGGAAUCCUGAACGUGGCAGCGAAGGAAAAAAGUACUGGGAAGGAGAAGAACAUCAUCAUCAAAAACGACAAAGGCCGUCUGUCGCAGGUGGACAUCGACCGAAUGGUGAACGAGGCCGAGAAGUUCCGCGAGGAGGACGAGAUGCAACGAGAGCGCAUCGCCGCUCGCAACCAGCUCGAGGCUUACUGCUUCAACCUGAAGCAAUCGCUGGAUUCGCAGGGAACCGGCAGCCGGCUGAGUGAUGCCGACCGGAAAACGGUGCUGGACCGAUGUGAUGAAACCCUGCGAUGGAUCGACGGCAACAGUAUGGCGGAGAAGGAAGAGUUUGAGCACAAGAUGCAGGAACUUACGAAGGUCUGCAGUCCCAUCAUGACCAAACUGCACCAACAGGCGGGUGCUGCGCCCACUGGCUGUGGACAGCAGGCCGGAGGUUUCGGUGGACGAGCGGGGCCUACGGUAGAAGAAGUGGACUAAUAAGACAUUCAGGAAAGCUAAAAUACCAU